AUGAGCGUUUCUUCGGCUCUUGCUAUCAACAAACAAAUCGAGCCUGGUAAUCUCACCGUUGCCUCAAUUCGAGCACCGCCUGUCAAUGUGCCAUACUCGCCACCAUCUAGUGACUGCUAUGGCCAAACGCAUGAUAUCAAUGCAACAGUUGACUUUGGUGUCAAGCUCAUUCAACGCGCAGCACUCUCUGGUGCAGACUUUGUCGCAUUUCCGGAGUUGUGGUUUCCGGGGUAUAUCGACGCCGAUCCCGGCCCGACCGAUUUCCUCGACAACUAUUUUGACCAAACAAUCACUGUGAAUGAUACCAACUGGAACAAACUUGUUUCAGCAGCACGCAAGCACAGCGUGUGGUUGGAGUUCGGCUUUGCGCAGCACAUCAAGGACAAUGUUUUCAUGGGCCAAGCUUUGAUUGAUUCGAAAGGAAAUGUCAUUCAAGUCCGUCAAAAGCUCCGGCCCUCCGGUGCCGAGCGAAACAUCUUCAGUGAUGGUACUAUUGACCAACUGCUGGUGCACAAGACACCAUUCGGUAGAUUGGGAAUGCUUGAAUGCUGGGAGCAUAUGCACCCGACAAUGACAUUCGUUAUGCACGCUCAAUACGAAAACAUCCAUAUUGCCGCUUUCCCCUGGGCCCCGGACUUGGACGUUGAUUCCGGGGUCACCCGCUCAGAAGUUUCCUUGGCAGCCGCACGCUUCUACGCAAUCACUGGAAGCUCUCAUGUGUUUAUGCCUGCAGUUGGUACAGCCGCUGUCUUCGCACCAAACGGAACCCUCGUCGCCUCGAUCCAGGCAUCGGAGGAUCCACAUGAAACCCCCAUUCUAUAUCAUUCUAUCAACACAACGAGCUUCAUCAGCAGCAAUCAGACAUACGACACGACCGAAUACUCCUGGGCAGCGCUCCAGCAGGUUGACAAAGCGUACCCAGCCUACAUACCGAAGAUUGCCAACAACUCUUUCAUCCAACAUCGGCAGAACUCAGUUACUGAGAUGAGAAAAGUUGGACCAAUUGUUUGA